AUGCGGUUCACGUCUACCACCACGUUCGUGGGCAUUUUGACUGCCAAGCAGGGCAGUCAAGUAGGAUGGUCCGUUGCCAAGAAGCACUGGUGCUGCGUGCAGUACAUGGUGGGCUGUGCGGAGGACUCUGGUGCCUCGCCUUCAGUGACGCACAGUGUCGUCCACACUUAUGAGAACGGUGAUGACUUCCCCAGCGGAUCUGUGGAUGGCCUUGUCGGUGGCGUGGCGGAUGGCAACUUAGCCGGUGGCUCCGUCAACGACGAUUUUACCAGUGAGACAGAGGAGGGUGACUCUGUGGAUGCUGACAUCGCGGAAGAGUCCGGCGUUCCGACUGAGUCCUCGGUGGAUGUACCCGAGGUGGAAUCGGAGGGAUCCGACUCCGUGUCUGAGGGUCUGGGUAGCGAAGGCUCUUCGGGGCAUCCGUUCCUAGCCACUCCCCUCAGCGACGAAGUGACAGAGGACAUCACAGACGACGCGGCGAAGAAGUAA